GGAUACAAUGACAGCUCUCGUUAAAAGGAGGCCGCUGCGGCGUCCAUGCAGUCUGGCUUCCCCUCUCUUCUUCUCCUCAGUCCUCUGGUGGAUCCCGAGGACCCCGGCGAGGCAAAGCCUAGGCUCCGAUACUGAAGGAGAUUAGGGCUGGGUUUCUAAUUAGGAAGAAGCUCAACCUCGGUUCACCAAAGAGAUCAAAGAGAUGGGAAGGGGUAAGAUUGAGAUCAAGAGGAUCGAGAACACCACCAAUCGCCAAGUCACAUUCUGCAAGCGGAGGAGCGGGUUGCUGAAGAAAGCUUAUGAAUUGUCUGUGCUUUGUGAUGCCGAGAUCGCCCUGAUCGUGUUCUCCAGCCGCGGCAGACUUUACGAGUACUCCAACAACAACAUAAAAUCAACAAUUGAGAGGUACAAGAAGGCAUGUGCUGAUACUUCAAAUUCAGGUGCCAUUGUAGAUGUCAAUUCCCAACACUAUUAUCAGCAAGAAUCUGCAAAACUGCGCCACCAGAUCCAAAUAUUACAAAAUGGAAACCGGAACUUAAUGGGUGACUCUCUAAGUUCUCUAAGUGUCAAGGAGCUUAAGCAACUAGAAAACCGACUCGAAAGAAGCAUCACAAGGAUCAGAUCAAAAAAGCAUGAGUUGCUGUUUGCAGAAAUUGAGUAUAUGCAGAAAAGGGAAUCGGAGCUACAAAGUGACAAUUCCUACCUGAGAGCCAAGAUAGCAGAGAAUGAACGAGCGCAGCAGCUAAGCAUUAUGCAAGCGGGGACCGAGUAUUAUACUCUUCCAACGUUUGAUCCCAGGAACUACUACCACACAAAUAUGUUGGAGGCAGCAGCCGAUUACUCGCAUCACCAAGACCAAACAACUCUCCAUCUUGGCUAUGACACUAAAACUGAUUCUGCUGCAUGAAGUUAAUUCUUAUGGAAUAGCUUCCUUGUUGUUAUGAGGUGUUCAUGGAGAUAUAUCAGAAGUCAGAAUUAUCUUUGACAAACUGUCUUUCUUGAGAUCCUGUUGCUUACUACUACAUGUCUUGACAUAAAUCAUAUCAACUGUAUUAGAUGGCAGUUGCAGAUGACUUUGAAAA